CUGCAAACCACCCUAACACCGCUCUCCUUCGAAGCCUAGCAUCCUGGAAUCGCGUAGCGGACUUUUGCUGGCCAGCGUCUAGGCGAUGGUUGGCUUCUAUUCCGGCGGUAUCAGCUACACAGCGCAUCGGAGGCUGAGGUAGCACUCACUUAUUCUUUGGUACACGCGCAAUUGUGCGUCCGGCACUGUGCCCCGCGCGCGCGACCGUCUCUGCGAUCCCUCACCGCGUAUCACCCACCCGAGUCGAACCCCCACCUCCACUGCUCACACAUGAGCCGCGCUCUGCGGAUACGCCACGUCGAACAUAUCAACCCAGUCUUCGGCGCACUGGACCUCUGCGACGAAAAUCCCACCCCGUCCACGAAUCAUUCGGUAACUGCGACCGCGCUCCACCACCAUGUCAGGUCCCGAGUCGCCUGACGUGCCUACCACACGAUCGCUGAAACGCAGGAACUUCUCAAGGGACGACCAGGAUGAAUUGGAAGAGCUGGACAAGAUCUUCAAGCGCACAAAGACCGUGGUGCCGCCCAACCCAUACGUUCUGUCAACCCCGUCCAUGGACCCAUAUCGAUAUCACUCACAACAAGAAGCCAAUGCGUGGAUGCUGGGGCGCUUGUGGAGCCACAACGAGGAGCAUAUGCAGUACAGGACUUACCUCUACCGCGAACCGUGCCAGGAUUGUUUUGAGUUGCAGGCCGGGGAGGACGACGAGCUAGAGACAGAGCGCCCCAGAUCGCAGGCGUCGCAGGCGUCGCAAGCGUCCAACACCGCCAGCCAGGGCCCCAAGAAGAAGAUCAGCUUGUCUGCGUAUAAGAACAAGCAAGCGAGCGGCGUCAUCACACCAACCCCCGGCUCUAAGCUAGCCUCACCAAGCUUGCUACCUUCGAAACCUCCAACCGCGCAUACGAACGGCUUGAACAAGCCUGAGAAGCAACCCGCUCCCGCUCAGAAGCCGGCAGACUCAAAGCCGCAGAAGCAACACGCUACAGAAGACCGCAACAGGCACAAGUCAGAGAACGACAGCCAAGACAGCAACCGCUCUCAGCUACCACCACGCCCUCCCGCCCCAGAGAUAAAGCGCAUCGAAGAUGAGGGUUCGAGAACAGUUGACAAGUCGAGUCCCUCGAACUCGACACCUCACGGACUGCCUCCGAUGCUAUCACCAGUACACGAGCCCUUGAGCAACCCUUACGGACUACCGAGCAUCCUUUCGCCGACUCUUCCCUCGAGUAUACAAGCAGAACUGGACAGAUUGGAGCAGCAGAGGUCACGGGCAGUCUCAAGCGCAUCAGCCUCGUCCACAGAACCGAAGAGCCAGACACUUUCCGUACCGAAAGAGAAGGAAAAGGAGAAAGAACGACCGCAGCUUGCAGAUAAGACGGCCAAGAUCGAUCAACGCAUUCGAUCAGUAUCCGUGAGCGGAAAGUCGCCAUACACUGCGCCACCAGUCUCUACGGACGACAAGGAAGCCUCAUUAAUAGUGAAGCUGAAGUUCUCCAAGGCGAGAGCGGCGACCGUCAGACAAGUACUCCGCUUACCACCCAAGCGGACUUUGCCUGAGAGGAAAGAACGCCAGGAUCCACCGAAAGAGUCUCCGAUCAAGAUCCGCACAAAAGUGGUGGAGGAACCUGUACAAAAGAAACCGAAGCCAAUACCGAAGGUGGCUGCACGUCGACCAGAAACGUCAGCAACAUCGACACCAACAUCCAGUACCAAACCUGUGGUAUCAGCGGCGAAGACUGCGGAGAAGCGCCCUAGGACGGACGACGAUGCAUUACUCACAGUGCCACCCAAGCGCCAGAGGGCGCUGUCCUCGCAGGAUCGACCCAACACUCCAACACCGCAGGUCACCUCAUCCCCGGCUUUGUCCAGUAAAUCGAGCGCGCAGAAGAACCAGUCGCUAUAUGCAACGCCGAAGAAGGACCACAAGGCUAUCAGUAUGCUACGUACCGGCUCAUCUGAGAGUCACGAUACAACGCCCGGCCGGUCAGGUGGUACUCCUGCAAACUCCAGACCUGAUGCAAGGCCUGCACCCACGUCUGCGCCCAUGAACGGGAAGAAGCAAGCUGAGAUCUCCCUGAUGGCGCAGACAUCGAUGAAACUCAAUCAGAUGGGCCGCGCGUUGAAGCAUGAAGCUACCAAGCUACUCACAGAGAAGGGCAAUAAGAUAACGAAGCAGGACGAGAGGCGGGCGGCGGUGACCAAUCUGGAAUGCAUAUUAUCCUAUAUGGCCGCCUACUACGCUCAAGACCUUUCUCUCAACCUCCGCAAUCGACCGGGCGAAGUAGAGUCAACCUGGAAAACUCUUCUUCCUUUGUGUCUCUCCUACGCCCGCUUCACUAAGGACUUCGCGCAUCUCGAUGGCCUCCGCUCGUACCUUAGCUCAGUCGUUGCUUCCACGAUCUGCACGUUGGUGUCCCAGCGUUCAUCUAGCACUAAAGCCCACGAUUCGCCUCAAGACGUUGCACAUGCCCAGCUCGCUAGGGAACACACCUCUCUGGCAGAAAACUUUGCUCUCCUGGCGGACCACACCAAGAAGAUGAUGGUGCAUUAUCAGGAUGCGAGAACCGCAUUGCCCCUUGAAGGCCUUCAGACGAUCUACAAGAAGACAUGGGCAGGGCGAGAAACAAAUGUAAAGCUGAUCAAGGAGGCCGAGAAGGUCAGCGGUGUAUGCAUGUCAGGGCCUUAUUUUCUGCCUAUCUCCAACGACACAACUCCCAUUCAGGCGGUCCGAUUUGGGUUGAAGUUUCUCAGCGAAUACUGCGAGAAGGAAGGGUUGAAGUACUCGCUGAGAGUUAACCUCGACAAGCCUGAGUAGACGGCUGCAAUAUUCGGCCUCUUGGCAUCAUGGCCGAACGACGACGACAUUCUGCAUUAUCUAUUUCUUCCAAACAUACACUGUAUGUAUUCUUUGCUUGAGCGAUGCUCCUGGUGUUCUGUUAUAUAGCGAGCGCAUUGGCUUCGGCAUAUGGGAUCUGGGACUCUGAUCUUGCGAUGGUGAUACCCUCGAGGUGGAGAAGCCUCUUUGAUUGUGUUUCUUGAUGUGGCGUUUAGGACAAGUCUGCGUGUAAGAAUACGAGGAGCGAUGGGAAGGAUGUGAUAGAUGGGCUUCUACUUGAUGGGAAGGAACGAUAGCUCAAUGCAAGUGG